AUGACGCGCCCAAAGGUACCGCCUGAACAGCGCCAGAGGACCGCCCAGGCCUGCGAGGUCUGCAAACGCCGGAAGCAGAAAUGUAACGGUCUCUACCCUUGCAACACAUGCGAAAAGCGCAAGUUUACUUGCAUAUACGUCGACCGGGAGGGCGACCCUCCAGAAGAUGGCCCACCUACCAAGAAGGUCCAAACCGAAAAUGGUUCAGGAGAUUCUCCGGCCCGCUCCGGCGAGAGGAGCAAAGACAAUGCCGGUGCGAAUGGCCACCCUAAAAGCUCGUCAAGCCUUCAGAGGACAUCGUCACAGAAGCCCAAGUCCCAUGCGCAUCAGUCUCAGAAGCGAUCAAACCCUAAGCCUAUCCACUCGGUGACCCAGGCUUUUGAGCCUGAUGCUCUAGAGGCUGCUGAGGCCGCCGCGAGGUCUCUUCAGCAUUUUGCAACCAGAGUAGAAGAUCCGCCUAAGCCGCACGGGACCUCAAAUACCGCAAGUACUGAUGGCAAUGAAGAAGAAGCCGUCAUUUAUUCGCAGAUGCGAAUGCUCCAGGACCCGACAGGAAGACUGCUCUACGUAGGAGAUGCUGCGUCGCUAUCAUUCCUUCAACUUCUCCGGAUGAUGGUGGAAAACGUCUCAGGGCCAUCAGCAUUCACCACGGACCCGCGGAGACACAAAAUCACUGAAAUUCCUUUCUCACUGCCAUCAAACAUGAGGCAUACUCACCUGUUACCGGACAAGAGGACCGCUUACAUUCUGGUCGAGUCUUUCUUCAUAAAUACGCAUGGCUUUUGUCAAGUAUUCGAGAGGCAUGCCUUUACUGCUGCUUUGGAGCGCUGCUAUUCCGACCCCUUAACUACCGAGCCACCAUGGUUAUGUCUUCUCAACCUUGUCUUCGCCAUUGGACUCAUGCUAGCGACUCCUCGCCCUGACACCCCGGACGCUGCUAUUAUCGAUAAGCUCCACAGGGACCAUCCGGAUAGGGCCGAGGUAUUCUACAUGAACGCCAAAAGUCUUAACGAUCCUCUCCACGGAUUCGAAGAUGCCGAUUUCUGGUCCGUUCAGGCUCUUUUAUUGAUGUCAUACUACAUGCUGGUAAAAUCAAAAAGAAACACAGCUUUCGCUCUACUCGGCAUGGCUGUGAGGUCCGCAUACGCCCUAGGACUCCACCGAGAAGAAACAAUGGUAAUUUUUGGCCAAGACGAACAAGCGGCAAGACGGAAUCUGUGGCGCUCGCUUUUCGUCAUGGAUAGAUUCCUAUCAUUCUCCCUCGGUAGACCUGUUGCCAUUUCCGAGGAUGAUUGUAGUGGCGACACUCUACGACCCGCGCAGCCCGAAGAGCACGAUGCCUUUGGCUUUGACUCGGCUUUCCAAACCACAAUAAACCAAGGCAAGACUAACGCCAGCGCGCUUGAGGCCGCCGUGCGAAGUUGUUCUGUCAUCGGAAGGAUCCUCAAGGAAGUCUAUCAACAACGGAAAAUUAGCACCCGUCUGGCACAAGAAAUAGCUGAUGUGUGCAAACUGUGGCCGAAAGCGUUGGCCCCUCAACUACACUGGCGGCAAGCGCCAGCGGCCUGUCCCAGUCAAGGAAUUGCCAUCCUUCAUGUUAACCUUUUCUAUUGCCACUCGAUCAUCCUCCUCACUCGGCCAUUCUUCCUGUACAUUAUGAAUGCUGAGACGCAGAAAGAGAUGGGACACCAAACGGCAAGCUCCCAUCAACGCCACAAAUAUCCUCGCAUGGAGAAGUUCAGUGAGGCAUGCGUUAUUGCUUCGUCACACAGCAUCGUCCUGGUUCAAGCCGCGUACGAGGCUGGUUACCUCCCACGACGGAAUCCUGCUGUGAUGUACUUCCUCUUUGCCGCGACGCUGGUUCUCCUGGCCAACGAGUUUGCCGGUUUGUACAGCAGCCGGGAAGCAGACCACUGUAUCUCCAACGGCAUCAACAUCAUGAUGUACUGCGCCGACUGCGAUCAGCAAGCCUCUAGGCUCUUCCACAUCCUCGAAGCCUUCAGAGAAGUAGUCAGCCAACAACGCGACCGUCGACGCCGACUGCAACAGCCUCAACCCAACCUCAUGGGCUCGCUCAAUCAACCCACCCCUCCACAAUUCCCCAGCUCAGCGUCACGCCCAUCCGUGUCCUCAGAACCCCAACAACCCCAGCAAUCCUUCAUGCCGCAGCAGGACUUUUCCAGCGCCAUGGGCCAGCAAGCCACACCACCCGACCUCACCCACCCCCACGUCUCGGUCCAACAAGCCGCCGCCGCCGGCCAACUGCCCCCCUCGGCUCUCCUCAGCCCCACAGCCACCGCCCCCAUGGGCGCCCCGACGCCUCAGCACCAACACCGGCCCCAAUCCGUCGCGCCCGCCUCGGGCGCCGGCACGCCGCGCGUAGUAGCAGCUUCGCCCGCGGGCAGCACUUUCUCUAGUGGCGCGCCCCCGACGCUGUCGCGCAACUUGUCGCUGUCGAACCUGCUCGACCUCAACGCGCUCGACAGCAUGGGCGGCAUCCCUAGCAUCCGCAGCGACGACGGCGGCUCGUCGGGCGCGGAGGAGCACAUUGACUUCGAUGCGUUGUGGGCUUGGCCGAGCAAUACGCCGGCUGUUGGGAGUCCGACGCGCAUGGGGGGCCAGGAGGUGACGGUGCAGGGGAUCAGCGAUUCGGCGAUUCCGUUGUUUGGGGUGUAUGAUCAGUGA